AUGGCAGGGAGUCUAUCUUCGGGAGCAGGCAGUGGCCUGUGGGGCUGGGUGCCCCUAGCCUGCAGAAGCUUCUCUCUGGGCGUUCCUGGAAUGACCCGUGUAAGGCUCACUCUCCCACCUCCUAAAGUGGUUGAUCGUUGGAAUGAGAAGAGGGCCAUGUUCGGAGUGUAUGACAACAUCGGGAUCCUGGGUAACUUUGAAAAACACCCCAAAGAACUGAUUAAGGGUCCCAGAUGGCUUCGAGGUUGGAAGGGGAAUGAAUUACAGCGUUGUAUCAGAAAGAGGAGAAUGGUUGGAAAUCGAAUGUUCAUUGUUGACCUUCACAACCUUAACAAACGCAUAAGCUAUCUUUACAAACAUUUUAAUCGUCAUGGAAAAUAUCGGUAGAAGAGAAGUCUGCAAACU